GUGCAGCCAUGGCAUCAGUUAACGCAUUCAGCUACUCCAAUCAAGAUGCAGUCUACAAUUACUCUCGCUCUGCUCUGCUGCAUUGUCGGUGCUGUGGUGGCAUAUCCGUCGCCGGAUGACUUGACAAUGCCUUCGACGCCAGCGCCUCGAUAUCCGCUCAAUCUGCAAGGCGGCGGCGGCGCACAGGAGCGCGAAGGACUCACCUUUGGGGUGCGUGGCAGCGAGAAUGUGUGGAGGAGCGACAAUGGACGACACGAGAUCGAUGUGAACGGCGGCUAUGCGCAGCGCUUGGGCGGCCAGUGGGGCAACUCGGAGCCCAGCUACAGCGUCGGCACCAACUACCGCUACAGAUGGUAGACUUGUCUACACUCUGUCUAACUUUGUACAUACCCUAACUACACACAUUUGUGAAUUAUUAAUAAAGAUAUCAAAUAUUUAGCCAUAAA